AUGGAGUGCUACCAGGAGGCGAUGCGCGCGAUAGAGAGGGAGCGCAUCAACGUUUUGAACAAGAUCGACCUGGUCCAGCCUUCCUUCGAGGAGCAGCAUCAACUCGAGUGGGGGCGCCGUUACCAGGAGGAAGAGCUCCUAGCCCUGCGGUUGGAGGUCGGUGAAGUCUCGCGAGAGGUGGAGGCGGAGACAAAGCAGCUUCGAGACAGGGAGGAGAUCAUUCGGGCCAUCCGUGACGAGCAACGGCAGGAUCGGAUAAAAAUCCAGACGUUACUCGCCCUGUCUCAGCCCAUCACCCCGGACAUCACCGUGGUAUUCCAGGCUUUGGCGCCCGACGCCUGCCCUCCACCCCUGCCGCCGCCGUCGAGAGGUUCUCGACCCCUCGAUAGGUCGUCCGUCCCCCAGAACAAUCGAAGAGCGGUAACUUCGAAUUCGCCUUCACGCAGGAGUGUUGCGGCGGCGGCGACAGCCGGGACGAGUGCUGGGCGAGGUCGGCACUUGCGGGAACUGGAGCGCCUCGAAGGUUCGUUCCACGAAACGCUAACAAGAGACAAGCAGGAGAGAGAGAUGCACGCUCGGGUUCAGAAGGACAACGCCGCCCGCGUUAUGGAAGCCCUUGGACGGAGGACCGCCGAGGUGGAGAAGCGGUUAUCCGGGGCAACCGACGACUACCUUCGUUUGAGACACAAGGCCAAAGAAGCUCACGCCGUGUCUGCGGAGGGGCAAAGGCAGUGCGGCGAGGCGCGGGAAAAGAGCCAGGCGGAAGUUAGGAGCCUUGUUGCCGCGGCGGAGGCGGAGGUGGAGGCUAUCAAGGCAGAGGGGGGGCGACGGCUCGAGGACUGCACGGCUGGGCUGAGGGAGAAGCUCGGGGAGGCGGAGGAAGCGCUGCAGGGGGAGCGAUCCCACCAUGCGGCGAUAAAGCAGCGGUUCGAGGAGAGGGUGGGCCGCGCCCGAGAUGGCGUCCUGGCCACGCGGCGGCGGCACCACAAGCUGGUGCGGCGGCGGGCGCAGGAGGUGGUCCACCUGAGCGACGAGAUGUCGGCGCUGCGGAGGGGGGUGACGGAGCUCGAGCGACGGAUGUUCCAGGCGUGGUGA